GCACAUCCAUCAAAACAAUACGCUGCGAGUAAUAGUGGAUCGUCUGAAGGGGAUUUCAAUGAUUGUAUUGACAUGAUAAAAAAUAUUCGCAACGAUAUUAAUGAAGUUCGACGUAAUUUAUCUGCCUUUCGAAAACAUGUGGAGACGAAAUUCCUACAGGAUAACUUGAGACAGUUGAGAAGUACGCCACUUCAAGAUCCCCGAGAUGGUAUGAAACGCUUCGGUAUGCCCCCUGCAGUUGGAUUUUGCCGCAUUAAUGAGGAAGGGGAGGAAACAAUUCAUUUGGGCCAGGGUGUAUGGAUACUAAAAACAAAAUAUGAUAAUGCCAAGAAAGAACUCAGAAGUGAGGGGCAUUUUGUCAAGAAUAUCAGUGUUGCAAUCAUGGGUGAGGACCUCCAGCUAAUGAGUGUGACCGGUAAAAAGGGGCCACGUGCACUGGAAAGGAAGCCAGCAAUUUCUCCACAUAUAUUAAUGGCUAUAAGAGAAAUUUAUCAGUUUUAUCUGAUUAACGACCUGAAAUAGAUAGACCAGAAGAAAAUAAUAAACGAAAUUGAUAAUAUCAAACUAUACAUAAGAGACAAGAUCAAGGACAUGGCUGCACCAUCAAAAUCCAAAAAAAAAUAGGAACAAUACCUAAACGAACCGAUAUACCCAACAAAUUGACUAAUUUAAUGAGCAAACUUGAAUAUCCAAGUAUUCAUACGUGUUCUCUAUUCAAUUGAUCAUUCAGUUAUCACCCAGACAUUUAUGGAACGCAGAUGGAUCAAUUGAUUCAAAAUGAUGUGAAUUGUUUACAACUAGAUCUAUAUAUAUGUGACUAUGUCAGCUCUAACUACUUCGUU